CGAAAGUGCUCGAGUUUCGUUACAUGUUGGUUUUGGGUACGGACAAUGCCACACUGAAAAACGAUUGAAUCGCCAAAGUUGUUUGGAAGCCUGGCAAAAAGAAUUCAACGAUAACAUCAAUCAGUUCGUACCAUGUCCAAAAAAGCCAGCAAGGGAAGUGGGAAGCAAAGCAGUAAAAACACCAAACCGGGAGGUGAGAGCAACAACAAACCUACAACGACCGGUCCGGUUUAUGUGGAUCCGAAAACUGGAAAUGUUAUUGUGAAAAUAUUGGCUAAACCGGGCGCUAAAACGAACGGUAUUACGGAUGUGAGUGAAGAAGGAGUAGGUUGUCAAAUUGCCGCACCACCGAUAGAUGGAGAGGCAAAUACGGAACUGAUCAAAUACCUUUCCAAACUGUUGGACCUUCGAAAGAGCGAUAUCAGCCUGGAUCGUGGCUCCAAGUCUCGGCAGAAAACGAUCGUGCUAGAGAAAAGUGGCUGUAGCCACAGUGCAGAGCAUUUGUUGAGCAUUUUUCAUAAGGAAGCAUCCACUGAAAACUAAGCCGCAGUCAAGUUCAGUUAAACACACGAGUAGAUUAUAAUAUAUUUAUUGAUGAUUGCUCAUACUCCUCCGUGCAACAUCGUGCAGCUUUUCUAUUGUGGAAAAAUUAUAUUACCCGACCUUUAUUCGUUCACCCCGUUAUCGAGCGAAUGACCGUCCAGUGAAAGAAAUGAAUUACAGCGUACGAAAACCACUUCACAUGCAACACCCUGUGUCGUACUGAGUGCAUCUCUUAUCAUUUUCAAACAUCGCUGGUCUGAUUAAAGGAUAACAUAAAAUACGAACAGUGGAAUUAAAAUCGAUUAACAAUUGUUCACUAAUCUUUUCCUCAACGAAUGAAGCUACCUCAACAAAGAAAAAAACGAGGGCCCACGACAAUUAGUAUGAUACACCGACAAUAAACCGAAUACUAGA